UCCCAACACUGUGCAGUGUGUAUCGUCAGCUCGCUCUCUUUAGUUUAUUCCUUCAUAUGUAUGUAGCAUAUGUGUCACACUUGUCAAUCAGAGAUAUUUCUUUGCAAGUGUGUCAAGGAAUUUAUUGCGAAGGAUACUUGCGAAGAAAAGUAAAUACAAGUGUAUAUUCAAUUGUACACAAUGACACGUGACGAUACCAUCAUUACUAAGAUGGAACACGUGGAGGAAAGCUUAAAAGAUACUUUAUAUAGGGUCGAAAUGAUCGAGAGAAAGCUCAAGACAAAACUACUCACUGCAGAAAAUCGAGAGAAAUUAGAGAAUGAGCUCGAGGAAGUUAAAGAAGUUCUCAGGCGAAACGAAAAAGAGUUGCAAAACUUAAGAAAGGAAAACUCAAAGUCUUUUAUGAUAACAGCGUGCUUGGUAUUUGUGUGCUUCCUUAUAUAUGGAAUAUAUUUAUUGAUUUUCGGAAAUGUUUAAUGUUCGUUAGGAAAUUGUAAUAUUAAUUUAUUUUUUGUAAUUUUUUAUAAGUAUAAAAUACAGUUGACUAAGUACCAAUUACGUCAGAUUUUAUAAACAUUGAAUUUGUUUCAUAAAAUGUACACAAAAAUUUAUAUUUUAAUUUUGAUAUCUUUUUUACUGUUAUAUAUAUAAUCGAUUAGCUACAUAUAUAAUUAUUAAUGUUCUAUCGCGAAUAAUGUUGCCAAUAAUAUAGUAAACAUCAGCAUUGUGUGUAUGUUGUGUGUUUGUAUGUGUAUGUGACAUAUAGAAAUAUUAUUUAAAAGUAGUAUAUUACAUCAAAAUACAUAUGUAAAUAGUAAUAUUGUAAUAAAUAUAUUUCAGAUAUGUAUGUAGAUUAUAUGCAAAAAUUUGCGUAAUGUUUGAAAUAUCCUGUAUCUAUGUAUAUACAUGUAUAUAUUACAUCUACUUGCAAAAAUA